AUGGAAAGUGUAUAUCGAUAUGUAUAUAGUUGUGAAAUAGAUGCUGAUCUGAAAAUUCGAGUUUGUUCUCUUACAGGGACACUGCCGAGAAAUUAUAGUGUGUCACCUGCAGUUAUAGGAAACAAUUUUUACGUGACACUUUCAGUGUAUUGUAACAAAAGGAUUGUUGGUUUUCCAGUUUCGACAUCUUAUAAACCCCAAGAAGCAAAACCACCAAACAGUAAGGAUAUUUUGCAUCACUGGGGUGAAUGGAUUACUCUGCCCAUUAAAUACAGUGAACUGAGUCGUGAUGCACGUAUACACGUUGAGUUAUGGGAUGUAUCAGAAAACAUGGAGCCGCGUUUUGUUGGUGAUUCGACGGUUAUACUAUUUAGUAAAAGAGGACUUUAUGUUUUUAUUUUUAACAGUCUAUUAAAUAAUUUAAAAUCGUGCUUCAAUUUUUUUAAGAUAUCUGAAGUGGACAGGCUAGCUAAACAUACUAAAGAAUAUAAUGAAGGAUUGAUUGAAAAUGUGGAAUGGCUGGAUGGCUUUACUUUUUCUUGUGUUGAAAAGAUUAAAAAGAGGAAGGAACAGGACACACAUGAUUUGUAUUUGUUGCUUGAAAUGCCUUUUGCGAAGUAUGAUAAUCAUAAAUAUGCCAUUGUUUAUUUUGAAAGGGACGAUGCGACAGAUUUUGUUGCUGGGACUAGUAAUAAUAGUUUACUUACGGACCCUGAAAUCGGAUUUGAAAAUCUUUGUGAAAAUAAGCAUUUAAUGAUGACGCGUAAUGCCCGCACAGGCAAAAUUGACCAGAAUUUGAAACCAAAUGCUUUUAUACGCUUAGAUAUUCAGAUUCCAUCUACUCGGGAGAUGAGUGUGGAACAACGGGACCUGAUAUGGAAGUUUAGGUAUUAUUUAAAAAGCGACAAAAAUGCUUUAGUAAAAUUUGUAAGAACCGUAAAUUGGGAGGAAGGUGAAGAAAGUAAGCAGGCUCUGGAUUUAAUAAGAGAGUGGGAGCCUGUGGAUGCUGCUGAUGCACUAGAAUUGCUUUCACCUGCAUUUUUAAACAAGGAUGUUCGACGGUACGCAGUUUCCAGGCUUGCAUGCGCCAGUUCAGAACAGAUUUUGAUGUUUCUUCCUCAACUAGUACAGGCUUUAAAAUAUGAAGCCUUUGUUUGCGAAGAUAUGUCUAUCGUAGGAAAGCAGUCGGAAGUAGGUAAAAGUUUUAAUGAGCGAAAAACAGUUAGCACUGAUGAAUACUCUGGCGAUGACCUUUCUGCGUUCCUUGUGCGGUCAGCUUGUAACGAUCCAGUAUUAGCAAAUCAUCUGUACUGGCUCUUAAAAGUUGAGGUAAUUUCUACUCCUUAUUUUUUGAAGUUUCCUCAGCUUUACCUUUUCUUGUUCGGAGUGAAAGUGAUUUUUUUCUGGUGGAUGCAACAGAAAAGAAGGACCCAUCUACGUAUCAUAUUUACGUUGUCUCAAGAAAGCGGCAACCGGACUCAGAAGGAAUUAGCUUUACGGAAAGCUCUGCGAGGUGAAGAGUUCCUGCUCAACCUAGAGGGGCUAUCCUUACCUUUAGACCCUUCUGUCUUUGUAAAAAAUGUCAUCCCAGAUUCGACAACCUUGUUUCAAAGCAAUCUCAUGCCAAUGAAACUGAUUUUCAAUACUGUCGAUGAUCGGAAUUACGUAACGAUUUUCAAAAGAGGUGACGACCUGAGACAAGACAUGUUGGUCGUGCAAAUGUUUCGGCUUAUGGAUAAGAUUUUAAAAGCAGAUAAUCUUGAUUUAAAAUUUACGUUGUACUCCGUUCUUGCUACUUCGAUCUCUGAAGGGUUCGUUCAGUUUGUGAAGGCGACGCCUUUGCGCAAUGUUGUCGCUCAAUAUAAGUCAAUUCAGGACUUUCUCCGCUCAUUUCGACCUUCACCAACAGGACCAUACGGAAUAGAGACAGAAACCUUUGAUAAUUACGUACGCUCUUGCGCCGGCUACUCAAUAGUAUGCUAUAUCUUAGGAAUUGGUGACCGCCACCUAGAUAAUUUGUUGCUUUGCGAGAAUGGUCGACUUUUCCAUAUCGACUUUGGUUUCAUCCUAGGUCGUGAUCCGAAACCCUUGCCGCCACCAAUGAAACUAACUGAUGAUAUGAUUAAUGCUAUGGGUGGCACUCAGAGUCAGUACUACCAGGACUUCCGCACCUUCUGCUCCUCCGCGUUCAGCAUACUGCGACGCCAAGCGAACCUCAUCUUGAACCUUUUUACUUUAAUGCUUGAUGCUGAUAUCCCUGACAUUGCAAUCGAAAAAGAAAAAGCAGUGCAGAAGAUUGAACAGAGAUUCCAAUUUGAAUUGACUGAAGAACUUGCCGAUCAACAGAUACAAGCAAUUAUUGAUAAAUCACACGGAGACAAGAUGUCAAAGAUUGUUGAUUUUAUCCAUGAUGUGAGGCAGAUGAUUUCAAACUAA